AUGCCUGACCUCCAGGUCCCAAAUGUGACAAUAGAAGAUCUCCAAACGUUUCAAGCCAAACACUUCCUCGGACAUGGUCCAACAGUGCAAAUCCCCUACGCAUCUGAUGGAACUGUAGAAAACGAGUUCGAAGAUGAUGACGGUCUUGGAUAUUACCCCGAUGGGCUGAAGCGUACUCUCACAGACGAGCAGAUCAAGAUAUUCAGACAUAGCGAAAUUCACUCGCUACUACGUGAAAAACAGUUACGCGAAGCAGCUCUUUUAGAGGCAUCUUCUGAGUCGGAGGAAAAGAAUGGAGAGAUAUCCGAAGGACGGAAACUAGCUACCUCCGAAGCGUCUACUAACGAACGCCCUGAGCGCACGGAGGGCCAUAAAAGCUCAGAUUCUGCAUUGGACUAUGGACAGGAUACUGCUGCAAACAGUACACAGAAAAACACUCCAACCGUUUAUGCUUCUCAGUUCGCAGGACGGAAGAUAAUUUCUUACGACGAUUGA